UAACACCGGCAGAAGAACACUUUGUUAACAACAGCGCCGCUUUUACCUUUUAGGACAGAGGAGUAAGCAAGUGAAGUGGCAGUGGUUGGCCGCAGACAGCAGCAGCUCGCCUCCUUCCUUCCUUCCUCCUCACUCCCCCCUAUAUACCUGCUACCCUACCCGUCGGAGGGUGCGCGCAGCGGUGGAGCUCGGUGGAUUGUCGGGGCAAAUGGAUUCCAGGGCCGCCCUCUUCUGCUUCCUGGCCGUCGCCUCCUCCCUCCUGCACCCCGCCAGAUCUGACGGGGACGACAACCAGCUCCUCAAGGGGAUCAACAGCUACAGAGCUUCGCUCAAGGUCCCGGCGCUCACCGAGAACAGCAAUGCCGACUGCCUGGCCGAGCAGCUAGCAAAGAAGUUCAAGGGCCAGGAGUGCACCAACACCACCGGAGCCAACACCGUGCCCGGCACCGAGCCGCAGUUCCCCGACUACCCCCAGUUUCUCGACCGCUGCCACCUCAAUGCGUCGGUGACCGAGGACGGGCAGGUGAUGCCGGCAUGCGUGCCCGGCCUUGUGGCCGACAUUGUGCUGACCAACUACACCAAGUCCCAGUACAACCGGUUCCUCAACGACACCAAGUACUCCGGCAUCGGGAUCGCCAACGAGGGGGACUGGGUGGUCGUCGUCCUCAGCACCAGCACCGACUCCGGCGACUACUCCCCUGCUCCCCCGGGCUCCAACUGGGCUCCGUCGGUCCAGCCGUUCAGCUGGAUGAUUGUUUCGCUGGUAGGGUUCGUAGUUUUGCUGAUGAAGUGAGAAGAUCGGUGUUGUGUUGUUCAUCUCGCGUGCUACACCGCUGCAAAUGAGUGUGUUGAUCUUAUGCCCGUGCCAAUCAUUUCUGUAUUAUUCAGAUUUCAUUUCUACUUGAUCCAGUUGACACCACAGUACAGUAGCAUAUGCAUGCCACGAGGUUUGGGAUCAAAACUUUUUCUCUCGCUAUUUGCCUUUGACCACAAUUGGCAAUGGCUUUAUGCAUAUUGUGGUCAGGUGAUGUGCAGUAUUGAACCACAUCUUUCAUCUUUCAACAUUUAGCUAAAGCCAGAACUUCAACUU